ACGCGUCUCGCAGCGGCCCCGGUGGCGCAGGGUCCCCGAGAGCGGGGCGGGCCUUGCUUGGGGAGCGCCGGGCACGUCACGAGCCGGCGGGGCCGGGUUUCACCCAGGUAGCGCGGGCUCUGCCCGGCUUCGCGGGCUCCCCGCGCCCGGCCUCUGCGCUUCUCGGAGCCCCGGCAGCGCGGCGGCCCUUAGGCACAGGGUUCGGCCUGCAGCACCCGGCUGCGAGGCCUGGCUGGCCGUUCCGUUUUUUUUGGAACCUUGGGCACAUUGCUGUCAGUUUCUCGUUUGUAGAAAUGGGCUUGAUAAUAUCUGCCUGUGGGUGGAAUAAAUGUCGGUGUGCCUGACUGCGGGCUGUGUCUGCGCCUGGUGGUUAGCAGGGCUCGGGUAGUUGUGGGAACAGUCGGCUAUCAUCACUGCCUGAAUUUUGACAGCAACCAGGUACACUGGCCAAGCUCUGCCCUCUGGCCGGACAGGUUAGGAUGACGUCAUGCUCAUUUUUUUUUCUUAAGUUGUAAACAGUCUUCUAAGAUGAGCAAUAAAUGACUGUGAUUCAGAGAGGGAUCGCUUAUUCAUGGUUGACCCUUUUCUAGGCAAACCUCUGCUCCAGUAAGAGCCUCCCUAGGCGGAGCUGGACUGCUUUCAGAGUGGACUGCCAAGUGGAAGGGAUUUCAAGCGUGACUCCCAUGCAGGACAAACAGACCUAAAGUUCCUGGUCGGAUGAGAGUGGGGUUCCCCGUCCUGAAUUAGAAAAGCAAGUCAUUAAGCCUGGGCCCUGACUCGUCUUCCUUCAUGAGAGAAAAGAGAGAUGGAAACCUUCAAAUCUGGGGAUAAAAAGAGGGUCCUUCCCACAUGGAUGACAGCCCAGGUGGCCGAGAAGAGAAAGGUGCCCGUGAAGACCCCGAAAGCGAGGACAUCGGCAGCAAUGCCAAGGGCUGCCGCCGCAAGACUUCCUGCCACGAGGACUGUGUACUGCAUGAGUGAAGCCGAAAUGGUGGAUGUCGCCCUGGGGAUACUGAUUGAGGCCCGGAAACAGGAACAGCCCUUGGAGCCACCGACUCCGGCUGGCGCUGAUAAGCCGGAGCUGUCCCAGGCCCACUCCGCUUUGUCACCGUCACCGAGCUCUCCUGGGAGAAGUGAGGACGAGGAGAAUGAAAAAGACGCCCUUUCUCCAGGCCACAGCCCUCAGGGGCCCGCGGGGUCUGACUCUGCCUGCAGCAGAAGCCCCGAGGAGGACGAGGACAUGUUAAAAUACGUCAGGGAGAUAUUUUUCAGCUGAACGGACAAGGCUUCCCAGGACUUUCUACCCAGAGCGCUGGAGGAAGUCGGCCUCCCCUCCCGCCAGGGGCCUGCCGGCCGCUCCCGCUCCUCCCCUCGUCCGCUCCUCCCUGGCAGGCAGUCACCUCCUUGGGGAGCUGCCCUGUUGAGUGUGUGCACGUGAGGAGUCCAAAUGCGCUUCCGUCAGAAUUUCUCCCUGCGCUGUGCCUUCUCCACUCGGAGGCCGUGGUUUUAUUGGCCUUCCAGGUCCAGGGAAGGUGGGGACAUGGUGGCCAAACUUAUUGGAACCGAAGAGCGAACUUAAUAAUUUUCAACAAAAAAGAGGCAUUGCUGCUAAGUGCAGUGGAAUCCCCACCGUCUGGUCCCCCUGAUCUCUCUCGAAGGAGGACGGCUGUUCUGAACACAGUGCCUGUCAUUCGUCAUUCACGCAGCCCGCCCCCCCCCCCCAGGCAGCUGCCCCGCCCACAGUGCUCUGCUCUGCGUGGGAUAUUGAAACCCCGUGUGCAGAUCGGAAGCCCCCCUCCCCCAGGCGGCCACCGUCCUGCCACUUGGCGGCUCAGCCUCAGUCCCUGGGCAGUUGUAAAGCGCCAGUGGGACGGGAGCCCUGCGAAGACCCUAAAGACAAGAUCACGCCGGAGUCCGUGUUUCUGACUCUAUUCAGUGUGGUUUUUGACAGGCACAGAAUGAGGCAGUCAUUUGCUGUAUACGUUUUCCAAUAUAUAGGUGCUGAAAAAUACAAACAGUUCCCCAGUGUG